AUGUCCGCCCCAGUUCGAUCUAAGAAGCGCACGAAAACCUUUACAGGAUGCUGGACUUGCCGGACCCGCAAGAUCAAGUGUGAUGAGGCCAAGCCGUGUUGUAGUCAGUGCUAUGAAAAAGGUCUUAGCUGUGAGGGAUACUCUACCCGCUUGCAGUGGCUCACACCAGCCACAGGCAAGCGUGGCCUUCGCUCGGUGGACCCACCGGCGGGUUCCGUGAGCCAAUCUCUCAGGCGUUUCAUGCCUGCAGAAUACACCUUAGACUGGGACCAGGUAGAUGACAUUCUCCACUAUCUUGAUUCCCUGGAAUCUGUUGUCAACCCCCGCAGUGAGGAUGUUAGUGCCAACAUUCAGAAUUUUGGCGUCUUUCGUGUUCAACAAAGUACUUCGUCUGGUCUCGAUGAACAUAAUGUCACACCUCCUUGCACAACUGAAGUCUGUCAGCCCGAGGAUGGGUACGAUCUUAUCUUCGAUCCGCAAUCUGUUUCCAUAGAGUCGGAGCCAUGGAAUGAUAAUUCCGAAGCAGGGGCAGCAUGGAGCCUUUGCAAUCUUCAUGGACAACCGUUGACCUUAGACUUUACUCAGCAACAAGAAUUGGCCCCCGCUGUUGUCCCAGUGACGCCAGGCAAUGCUUCGAACUCUCCAGCCUACACACACCAUGUUGCACAAUCGCAACCUCUGGAGUCAGAGGAGCUGAUUCUCCCGCAGGGGGGGCGAGAGAAACCCCUCGAACAAGACGCAGCAUAUCUCCUCUCCUAUGACAAAUACACUUGA